AUGUCGAAUCUAGAUCAACUUAUAAAUAAGGAAGAUGAUUACAGUUAUGUAUAUCAACCACCUGCAUCAACUAAUGGAAUAGAUGACAAAGGUGAUACUAGUGCAGUGACUAGUUCCAAUAACAACAACAAUAAUAGCAAUGAAGUUAGUCAAGAAACAAUACUAACUAGCUUUGAAAAGAUAAAGACACAUUUCCCAGCUGCUAGAAUUAAAAAGAUUAUGCAAAGUGAUGAUGAAAUAGGUAAAGUUGCACAAGCCACUCCAGUUAUUGUAGGAAGAGCUUUAGAAAUCUUUAUGGCUAAUUUAGUUGAAGUUUCCAUGGUAGAAGCUAAAAGACAAGGGGUUAAAAGAAUAACGGCAUCUCAUAUAAGAUCAGCCAUUGAAAAUACUGAACAAUUUGAUUUCUUAGUGGAAGCUGUUGAAAAGUAUCCACCAUUAAAAAAUUAG